AUGGAUAAUGUAAGUGGAAGACCGGUUUUUACAUGCGAACAAAUUGACAAAGAAUUGAAACAAGUAGUAUUACUGGACCGAAUUCUUGCGGAAAGUGGUGCUUUGACAUUUAAUCAUUUGAACGAUGUUGUCAGUAAAAUUGAUAAGGGAAAUAAUUUCAAAACAUUGGAUGAUCUGGUAACAUUCAUCGAAAUGCGCUCUAAUGUCUUUGAAGUAUCGUUCGAUCUUGUCAAGAAUCGUUCACAGGAAUUUCGUGAAAUGUUCGGAUAUUUGGUCAACUUUCUAUGUGAUGCCGAUCAAUCAAAGCGUAAUGUGAAAAUUGUAUUUCAAAUUAUCAUACGCUUUAAUGGUAUAGUUAUACACGAAGUUGGAAAUACUGAAGAAAAAAUAUACCAUUUUUUGGAGAAGCACCGAAAGUUUUUCAUUCUAUGCCGAAACGAUAUGGUCAUGCUCAAUCCUACAUGCUUGGAAAUUCCAUCAGCAUGGGAACGUAGAGCUUUACCCACUUAUAAGAAUGCCAUAAGGUAUGAUAAAAGCAUUGUUUUGGAUGGCAUAGGCAAAGUUGUUAGCGCAGUAAGCAGCACGGGAUACAUUAAAAUUGAAAUAAUUCGUGGUCCUUGGACAACUCAAACAGUAUUCGGCUUAAGCAAGAAUGUAUCAAAUGAAGUGAAUCUAGCAAACAAAUAUCCUGUAGGAACAUUAGUGAAAAUUCUGGCCUAUCGAGCAUAUAAGGCAGCUCAUCCUUGGACAGCUAGAAAAGUGGUUUUAGUUGAUGAGCGCGAUAAUAUAUGGUGUGUUGGAGAAACAGGAAGGAUGGACAAAAUGCUUGAAAAAUAUCAAUAUGUGCUGAAAGAUCGCAGUUUAUUCAGUACUGACCAUACAACUGCAGUGAUCGAAGUGGGACAUGACAACAACAUCGUGACUCCAGAAAUUGCCAACAACAAAUCGUUUAAUAGCAGUCCAAAUCGAAAAUGCAUGACAUUUUGGGCUAGAGGCAAUUCGAAUCCACGAUUUAUGAUGAAAUCAGUUAAUGGAGAGGCAGAAGCUGGAAGAUCUAAAAGGAAUUCUGUCGAUACAAAAAUGGAAAUAAACUCGAAUUAUUGCAAGUUUUACAGUGAUGUUAUUCAAGAUGAGAUUAAAAAAGGGCGAGAAGUAGAUGAAUGUUUGCGCAAUGGUCCCAAGACAUUCCGACAGAUAUUCGAUAGACUUAUCGAAGGUGACACUUUUGCUUAUUAUUCCUAUAUGGUUGAUUUCAUCGUUGUUCGCUCACAUCUUUACGAAGUAUUAGAAAACCGUGUUUGGAUGAGAAGUUGCAGAUUUCGUACCGAAAUGCUCAAGUUUCUUCGUUAUAUCGAUGAAAAAUCCAAGGAAAACAUCACCAUAAAUACGUUGCGUAAAUUGAUUAAUGCUAAUGAUGGUGAUUUCAUGCAGGAAUUGUUGAGUUAUGCUGAAAAUGCGGAUACAUUUCUGAAAUUCAUCGAAAAGCAUGUGUCACUCAUAGAAUUAGCCGAAGCUCUCGGUGAGCAAUUCGUCUUCUUAAGAGGCACUUAUAUUAGCCAUUGCAACAUUUUUAUACCUAAAUUUCACUUCCCACGAUCUCUUUCUAACUACUGA